CGGCCACGUGUUCAGAGGAGCAGAAGAUGACGAGCUCACCCGUUGAGUGUUUCUGAGUGUUUCCUCGAGCUCGCAACGUCAGAACCAGAAAGAGAAGAUGGAAGACACCUUUUCCGAGGGAACAUCAGAGUACACUUAUUCAACUGAAGGGCAAGUGUCGUCGAUUGAUGGGCCUCUAUAUUCGGAGACACUGCUUGAAGAGACCAAGACUCCCACCAUUGAGGCGUCUACGGAGGAGGAUGCACAAGACUCGUCGAAAGGUGCGGUCCUGGCCUGCAUCCUGUGCCUGGUGCUCUCGCUGGCGCUUCUCUACUUCCUGCUCUACGUAAUAAAUAACGAUACCCGUUACGAACGAAAUACGUUGGAAGAUGACGUGGCAACUCACUACGUCUUGAAGGUGAUUAAAGAAAUCCCCAGGGCUGCGACAUCGGACGUUGCCUAUAAGGACAUCCCGACAGCUUCGUCCGAGCAUCCUGACAGAGAACAGCAGCAAGAUUUUACCAGCAGUAAAAGCGUCACACCCAGCCCAUGGAAGGACGAUGUAACGAAUGUUGGAGGGGCAACGAUCAAUUCCACGAUGACGAAUAGUACAACUACACCGUCUACUACGAAGAUCAUUGCUGCAAAUGCAUCUUCCAAGACAACUAGCGCUACAACAGCUACGUCGACCCCAACUACUAUGACUACUACACCGACCACUACUACUACUACGACUACUACGUCGACCACUACUACAUCUACGACUACUACGUCGACCACAACUACUUCUACGACUACUACGUCGACCACAACUACUACGACUACUACGUCGACCACUACUACUUCUACGACUACUACAUCCACAACGACUACUACCACUACUACAUCUACUACGACAACUACUACCACUACUACAACAACUACAACGACUACUACUACUACUACCACCACUACUACUACUACUACAACUACUACUACUACUACUACUACUACUACUACUACUACUACUACUACUACUACUACGUCUACAACGACUACUACGACUACUACCACUACCAGUACCACUACAACCACGACAACUACUACGACAACAUAUCGACCGAUGGACCCGACUUACGUUCGAAGGGAUCUGCGUGGCCUCUUGUGCCACACUUACGCCGAGGCCUUCCUCGGAGCCGCGAUACCGGGCAGCUGCGAUUUCGUCAUGGUCGACGUACCAGUGUCCUCACCUGAGCGGCACCCCGUGUACUCGUACAUGGCGACCAUCAAAAUAAAUCCAGCUGGGCUCGAGGAGCGCAUAUUGAAGCACAUGAGAAGCGUACAAGACACUCAGCUUCUGCUGGUGGUCAAACGAAGCACACUUCGAGGCAGCCAUUUCGAGCCGCAAGCCGUGGUGAGAGGCCUUGUCCAAAAGGUCGUCGAUAUGAAGGCACACGGCAUUGCACUGAGCGAUCAUCAGAUCACGGACGCCAACACGGCAGUCGUCUUGCAAGACGCCAAGAUCCUAUCCGAUGAAGUUCAGUCGUACCACGGCAUGAUAAGGUACGACGUCUUCACUGGAAAUCGUUCAGCUUUCAGGGCCAUGAUGCUCGAUGUGGCCAGCAAACCCUCGAUCACCUUCGUGUACCGAGUGUCAGGAAUCAGCCGCACGUUUACACACCUGUACUUCGACAACUUCUAUUCGAAGAAAAUGAGCGAAGAGAACUUGAGUGCAGUCAUAGACCGUGAUUUGAUACAACCUAUGAGCACACAGGUCGGCAACAAAUCAGUGGCACUAUCGAUGACCCUGAUGGCAAAGGAGUGCCCGAAAAACACCGUGAUAACUUUCCAGACUCGAGCCAGCUGCGUCGACAUUCCUCUGAACCUGACGCAUUUAUGCACAAUACCUGCUGGCUAUAUCCAAUGUCAUCACUACUCAGCCAUGACGAGGCGCUAUGCAGGCGGCAAUGCCCUGACGGAAGACAUUUUCUUCGAAGUGGAGCAAACCUUCGCAGCCAAGGUGUACCUCAUUCUGAGGCAACUGAAACAUGCGAGGGCAUCACCCGUGGCGUUUAUCAUGGAGCGCUACGACAUGGAGUUGCAGCGCCAGAUAAGCUUCUUCCACUUCAAGAAAAAGAAAAACGUUCUUUGCGCGGUCAGCCCAUUUGGUUUUACAAAAGAAACAAAGGACGAACUAUUAAAGUUUUCAUAGCCACAUUUGCAGCA